AAUUCACAAUUUGGUUUACCUGUUACUUCAAAAAGUUGUAGUAGAAUAGUCGUGUCUGGCAAUCUUGCGCGUUCAAAAAUUUCAAAGUAUCAAAAUUUUGAAUUGGAGGGAAUUGAAGGGAAGAAAAAAAAACAUAAACAAUUUCGUGGAAGUGAUCAAACUUGAAAGUUGUUUUGCAAUCAAUCAUCGUCAAACGACAAACGGAAGGAUGUCAGAUAGGGAAAAGAAGAAGUUAGGAACCAGGCUAACCUCGUUAUACGAUAAGCUUUAUACCAUCAAUGAUAAUGGACUGCUGAUAUCAGUGACUUUCCAUACCUUGCCACUUCGUACUGGAACUGAUUAUUAUAAGGUGGUGAAGAAUCCACUUUCAUUACAUGCAGUGGGAAGAAAGAUCAAGAACGCUAAAUAUGACAAUGCUCAACAGUUUAUUGAUGAUUUGGCUGUCAUUUCAUGGAAUGCUAGAUUGUAUAAUGUGAGAGAAUCAAAGGUUUACAAACAUGCAUUAAUUUUAAAGCAAUAUAUCUUAACAAUGGUACUUCCUAAAUUGAAAUCAGAUAAGGCUAUCCCAAAUAGUAGAAACUUAACAUAUCCCCAUUUAGGUGAUUUACCAGAUGGAAAAGAUGAAGCCAUUGUGGAUGAGAUUACGUAUAGUGAAUCGGCUCCUGAACGAGAAUUUACGGUGGAAACAAGUCUUACACCACAAUCCGAACCAUAUUUCCCCAUUAAUAAUCAUCAAAAUAUAAGUACUCCAAUCUAUGCCCCUCCUCCACCAAUGCCAGUAUCUCAUAUAAGCCAUGCUGUGUCUCCGCCACCUCCUAAGAAUGCCGAAAGUGGUAUUAGAAGAGGUCGUCCACCAAUCAUUGAUAAACCAUUUGAAACUAGAAUAAAGUUGAUUUUAAAGAGUUUUAAAAAAUUAAGAGAUCCAAAUAAUGAAGGUAGAUCAUUAACUCAACAUUUUGAAAGAUUACCUGAUAUGAAAUCUAAUUCUGAUUAUUAUGAACGAGUUCCAAACCCAAUUAGUUUGAAUGAAAUUAGAAUUAAAGUUAGAACAAGAAAAUAUACUAAUGUUGAACAAUUCAUUCAUGAUUUAGAUAUCAUGUUUUCCAAUGCUCAAUUAUAUUAUCAACAGGAUCCUUAUAGUGAAGAAUUCAUUGAUUUUCAAAACUUUAAUAAAGAAGCUCAAACUAUUAUUCAACAAGAAAUUAGUAAGAGUGAUCAAGAUUUAAUUAUAUCAAGUACAUCUGGUAAUGACGGUAUAGUUAGAUUCCCAUUAGAUUCUAUUGAAGUAAAUGGUUAUUCUUAUAAGAUUGGUGAUUGGGUAUUAAUUUCCAAUCCGGCUGAUCCGGAUAAACCAACUGUUGGUCAAGUAUUCCGUAUGUGGUCUACUAAAGAUGGUACAAGAUACUUUAAUGCUUGUUGGUAUUAUCGUCCAGAACAAACUUGUCAUGGUGUGGAUAGAUUAUUCUUUAUGAAUGAAGUAUGUAAAACUGGUCAAUAUCGUGAUCAUAUCGUUAGUGAAAUUGUUGGACCAUGUUACGUUAUAUUUUUAACUAGAUAUCAAAAGGGUGAUUUACCUGCUGGUGUUAUACCUGAAUCCGCCCCAUGGUUUAUUUGUGAAUUUAGAUACAAUGAAUCUACUCAUGUUUUUAAUCGUAUCAGAACUUGGAAAGCAUGUUUACCAGAUGAAGUUAGAGACAAUCCAGAACAACCUAUAAUACCAUUGAAUGAAAAUCGUAAAUUAAUCAAAUAUGAAUCACCUAUUCGAGCAUUAUUACCUAAGGAUGCUUAUUUAGGCAUGGCUAUACCUGAUGCUACUCCAGGCCAAGCUAAUUCUCCUCCAUUGGUAGGUCUGGUUUAUAUAACAGCUCCUAUUAAAGAUGAUGAUUUAGGUCAAUAUACUACCAGUCCUAAUGUUGUACCUGUUGUUGAACAAAAUGACAUUAAUAGUGGUCGUAGAGCAUUCUUAUUCACACCAAUCUCACAAUUAAAAGGUGGAGGUGGUAUUACUCAUACUGUUUAUACUAGUUCAUUAACUGAUCCACCAGUAUCACAUUUUGAAGAAAAGCCAGCAGUAAUUUUAACUCAACAACUUCCAGGUACUUAUAAACUGUUACAAGUUCAAAUCCAAGAAUCGCAAGCCAAACAAUUACAAGAACAACAAUUACAACAAUUGCAACAACAACAACAUCAACAGAUAUAUGGAAGAGUUCCAACUCCAACCGCUGUCACCUUGGCUGCACCAGCUGGUGUUACGUAUCAUACCUCUACAUCAACAUAUUCCACUCUUUUAGCAGGUGGUGUGCUUUCAUAUUCAUCAGAUGAUAUCAAAUUAAAUGAUAUCAGUGAUACUGUAAACAAGAGAAGAAAAGUUGAUAAAGACGGUAAUGUUAGCACAGGUGUUGUAUUUUACAGAGCUCCACCAAUUGCACUUGGUGGAAAUAGAAUCAUAACUAACUCUGCUAUAGAGUUUGGCCAUUCUGCCAAAUAUGCUGCGUUCAAAUUAAAACAACAAGCAGCAAAAGCAAAGUCCAGUUAGAACUUCCAAGACUAAACAACUAUUUAUAGCUAUAGAUUUAUGUUUUCUUUUUGUAUAGUAGUUUUGUAUUAUAAAAAAUGUAUAUGUUCUUUUUUUUUAUACGAUCAAAAUAA